AUGACCGCUGCCGACGCGACGCGAGCGCUCGAGGCGCUGCGGCGCCUGGAAGCAAAACAAGAGAUAUCCAUCAUCAGACUCGGCGAAACCAUCACGGAUGCUGCGGAACAAAACUCGCGGCCCCGCGCAUCCGACGCGUCGAACUCGCUUCUCGAUGGCCCUACGCCGGCGGGCCUCGAAGCAGACCUGGCCCAUUACACGGAGCUCUUUGCAAAGCUGCGAUUCUCCUACGUCGAGCAGGUCACCAAGGAAAAGUUUAUCCGCGCAAUCGUCGGCGACCCUCCGCUGAUCGUCGCGAUGCAGGAGAAUGUCGAUCUGGAAAAGGACAACGCAGAAGCCAAGGCCGAGCUCAGGGCGCUCAAGCAGGAGGUCGCGGCCAUGGUGACGGAGCUCGAGAGGAGAGGGCGGGAGCUCAGCCGGCGGUAUGAAGCCGUCAAGCUGGACGCGACCAAGCUGCAAGACUUGCCAGCCAAAACGCGGGAGCUCGAAGCGCAGGUCGAGCGGCUGAGGGCAGCGCAAGAGUCCCCGGGUGCCAACCCCGACCUGAACCUGCCUCUGGCCAAGACGCUCGGCCUAGUGGAGCGGCGCAGAGCCGAGCAACAGCAACUGGCGCGAGAACUCGAGGCCCUGCAAGCCAAGGUGCCUAGAAAACAGAAGGAAGCGCAACGCCUGCAGGCUGAGCUGGGGCCGUUGGAGGCCAAGCUCCAGAGCAGCACCGCCGCGGCACAGGAAGCCCAGAGGAGAAGGGAGGCUUCUCUCGGCGGCGUAGCGGACGACUUGGAGCAACGGGCGCGGUGGUGGCGAGCGAGCGAGGACGUGCUCAGGCAGGUGCUGGACCUUGGGACGUAG